CAUGAUUGAAAAAUUCCUUCGUCCUUCAUUUUCUCUCUCUCACGUUCUCCUUCACAUUCGCAUUCCUGGAAAUAAAAGCUUGAGAUGACCGACUUUGCUCAAUUGCCCCCCCCUUAAUUAAAUAAGGGAGAGAGCCAUUUCUUUCGCCCGUUUCGUUUCGUUUUAAAUCUUCUCUCUCUCUCGUCUACGCGUUUCUUCUUCUUCUUCUUCUUCUUGAUCACCUAAUUCGUUCCUUCUGUUUUUUUUUUUUCUAUCUGCUUCUGGACCCUCUAUAAUACCUCUUCCUCUAUUUCCCCAACUCCCAGAUUCUGUUUUCGCUGUUUCUUUCAGAAAUUAGGUUUCUGUUUUUGUUUUGAUAUUUGUUUGCAAUAUGAAAAGGGGCAAAUCGGAGACCAGAUUGGAUAAAUUCGACAUGUUUGUGUCUUUAAGCAGGCAAAGAUCGAUUCAAAUCCUGACUGGCGUUGGUUUUUUGUAUAUAGUCCUUGUAACUCUAGAAAUCCCUUUUGUGUUCAACACUGGUUUCAGUGUUGUCUCUCAAGAAACCCUCACUUACCCUUCUAUGCUUAAAAGCCAAGAGGAUUUGCAGGGUAGAGAUGCUCCAACUCGACCCCUUAACUGGGUUUCUCAUAACGCAGCCCAACCAACCCAGUCCCAAACUACCAACCGACAUUUCAAAAUGUUGUCAAGUUUGAAUUUUGACCCCAAAACGUUUGAUCCUACUAAAAAAGAUGGAUCCGUGGAGCUUCACAGGGCUGCUAAGACUGCUUGGGAGAUGGGAAGGAAGCUUUGGGACGGGAUAGAAUCGGGUAAAGUUCAGCUUUUGGAAGUUAAAAAGACUCAGAACCUAUCGGAAUCCUGCCCGCAUUCGGUUUAUCUAUCUGGGUUGGAUUUUCUUAAGCGAGGGAAGGUGGUGGAGUUGCCAUGUGGGCUGACUUUGGGGUCGUACGUAACGGUGGUGGGGAAGCCAAGAGCGGCCCAUGCUGAGAACGACCCAAAGAUAUCGCUGGCGAAAGAUGAUGGCGAGCCGGUGAUGGUGUCGCAGUUUCAAAUGGAGUUGCAGGGAUUGAAGAUUGUGGAAGGCGAGGACCCGCCAAGGAUUCUGCAUUUCAAUCCGAGGCUGAAGGGGGAUUGGAGUGGGAAGCCGGUGAUUGAGCAGAAUACUUGUUAUAGGAUGCAGUGGGGGACUUCUUUGCGAUGUGAAGGUUGGAAGUCCAGGGCUGAUGAGGAGACAGUUGAUGAUCAAGUGAAGUGUGAGAAGUGGAUCCGAGAUGAUGAUGAUCACUCAGAGGAGUCAAAGGCAACUUGGUGGUUAAGCCGGCUAAUAGGCCGAACUAAAAAGGUGUCUGUUGACUGGCCAUUUCCAUUUGUAGAGGACAAACUGUUUGUUCUAACUCUUAGUGCUGGGUUGGAAGGUUAUCAUGUCAAUGUUGAUGGGAGGCAUGUCACAUCGUUUCCUUAUCGUACUGGUUACACUCUUGAGGAUGCCACAGGGCUAUCUGUCAAUGGCGAUAUUGACGUUCACUCUAUAUUUGCUGCUUCAUUGCCCACAGCACACCCAAGUUUUGCUCCUCAGAGGCAUUUAGAGAUGACAGACAGAUGGAGAGCACCACCUCUUCCUCAGGGGUCUGCAGAACUUUUUAUUGGCAUUCUUUCUGCAGGCAACCACUUUGCUGAGAGGAUGGCUGUGAGGAAGUCUUGGAUGCAGCACAGGCUCAUUAAAUCUUCAAAUGUGGUAGCUCGUUUCUUUGUGGCACUGCAUUCCCGGAAAGAAGUGAAUUUCGAGUUAAAGAAAGAGGCAGAAUUUUUUGGCGACAUUGUUAUUGUGCCUUACAUGGAUAACUAUGAUCUUGUCGUAUUAAAAACUGUUGCGAUCUGUGAAUAUGGGGUCCGCACUGUGCAUGCAAAGUAUAUUAUGAAGUGUGAUGAUGACACAUUUGUUAGAGUGGACGCAGUCAUCAAUGAAGCGAGAAAAGUUCCUGAGGAUAGGAGCUUGUACAUUGGGAACGUAAAUUACUACCAUAAGCCUCUUAGAUAUGGCAAAUGGGCAGUGACAUAUGAGGAGUGGCCAGAGGAAGAUUAUCCUCCUUAUGCAAAUGGGCCAGGCUACAUUUUGUCUUCUGACAUUGCCCAGUUCAUUGUUUCUGAAUUUGAGAAGCAUAAAUUAAGGUUGUUCAAGAUGGAAGAUGUGAGCAUGGGAAUGUGGGUGGAGCAAUUUAACAGCUCGAAACCAGUGGAGUAUGUACACAGCUUGAAGUACUGCCAGUUUGGAUGCUUUGAAGGCUAUUUCACAGCACAUUAUCAGUCCCCAAGGCAGAUGAUCUGCCUUUGGAAUAAGUUACAUACUCUGGGAAGGCCCCUGUGCUGCAAUAUGAGAUGACAAAUCCCUAAUACCUGUCGAGGAAACUUCAGAGUGCUGGUCGAACAGGGGUCGAUGGUCACGAUUUUUGGUGACACUAAGCCAGUGGAAUGCUACAACGAUUACAACAUUUGGUUGAUUGAAUGAAGAAGUUGAGAUUGGUUACAGAGACGAGUUUUGGUCGUAGCAUCAAAAUUUGUAUAUUCUGUGAAAGUUGGCUUAGUUGUUCCUAAGCCAAACAAUUUCCUGUUCAAAUUCAUUCAUUGGUUUUCCCA